AUGGGGCCCCCGGGCAAUAGGGGAUCAUGGGGCCCCUGUGUCCUUGCCCAAACUUAAAAAAGCCUAUGAAAAAGGUACCAGGGGCAUCUGAUAGCGCCCCCUACUGACCCUGGGCCCCCGGGCAGUGCCCAAGUUUCCAAAUGGUCAGUCCGCCCCUGGUUGGAGUUGAGAUAGCCUUGACUUUGAUGAACAUGCAUAACCUCUUGCCUAUUCUUUCUGUCCAUGAAAUCAUUAGCACGUGUUUUUACCAGCUAGAAGACUCCUGUGCUUACAGGUUUGCUAUAUCAUUUAAGAGAUUUGGGUGCUAUAUUAGUUAUACGUGAAUUUGAU